AUGAGUGAAUACCCCUGUGACCCUUCCUCCAUGGGUCCCCUGCUCCCCGACUACCUCUCCUUCCCCAAGCCCAGUGUGUAUCACAGUGUGGUUAUUCUCCUGGCCAUUAAAGAGACACAGCAUGUUUGAGUCAUCUGGAGCGCUGGUGUGUGUGUGUGUGUGUGUGUGUGUGUGUGUGUGUGUGUGUGUGUGUGUGUGUGUGUGUGUGUGUGUGUGUGUGUGUGUGUGUGUGUGUGUGUGUGUGUGUGUGCGCGCGCGUCAGGCUAUAAAGUUCCCAGUGGUCCUUGAGAGAAAGCAUCCCUCUAAUGAGGCAAGGAAAUGUCGUCUGAGGAGAGUGGAGAGCAAACCAAAAACAAUGCUAAAGUGCACCUCUAUUUCAUGUAUUACGGCUACUCAUACCCCCUUCAUUUUCAGACUGGUUGUACUAUUGAUUUCCAGUCAAGUUCAUGAUCCCUCUUCUUCUCUCUCUCUCUCUCUCUCUCUUUCUAUCUGACUUUGUAGAAUAUAGAUAAUGGGCUGUGUGCAAUGCAAGGAUAAAGAAGCAACGAAACUCACGGACGACCGAGACACCAGCAUCUCCCAGAGUGCCGCGGGCUACCACUAUGGCGCCGACCCCACGCCACAGCACCAGCACUACCCCAGCUUCGGGGUCACCGCCAUCCCAAACUUCAACAACUUCCAGGCACCCGUUGGCCAGGGGAUAACGGUCUUCGGAGGGGUCCACACCUCCUCCCACACCGGGACCCUGCGCACCCGUGGCGGAACAGGUAGGGGUGUUGAUUUGUUCCCCUUUAACCCUCUCCUGAUUUCCCCCAACUCUCUUCACCUCUCGGCCCUGUGUUGGAAUGUCCGGCUGGUGCUUGCACAGCCCUUUGUGUGUGGUUUCAUUGUUUACAUAGGGAAUAUUUCUAGUCAGGAUAUCCUUCAUGUUUUACUGAGCCACUGCUGUUACAAGAGGAACUCAGCGUUUCCACUUAACUAAACACGGCUUCCCUCAAAGUGUGGAUUAUUUCUGUCCCAAAGUAGUCCAAAUCCACACAGUCAGUCGCAGGGGACCAGGGGGUUUAACUUUUUAAUUUCUUCCUAGUGGGGAACUAUAGUACAAGCUGUCCCUCUCUCUCUCUCAACCACUUUAAUGACAAAAUAAUGGUACUGCCUUGUCUGUCUAACAGGCACCAUUUUGCCUAUCAGCCUUCAUAGCAGAGAAACCCUGAGUACUGUUUGUGACAUUCUAUCGGGAAUCGUUUCAUCUAUAUGCACUUAGUUAAUGUCACGAUCGUCGGAUACAGAGGACCAAGGCGCAGCGUGGAAGGUGAACAUAUUUAUUAAAUAAUGAUUACACGAACAAAAACAACAAAUCGAUACGUGACGUCCAAAGGUGCAAAAACACAAACCUACACAGGAACAAGAUCCCACAAACACUGUGGGAAAACUGGCUGCUUAAGUAUGGUCCCCAAUCAGAGACAACAAGCAACAGCUGAUACACGUUGCCUCUGAUUGAGAACCACACUGGCCAACAAGGAACUACAAAACUAGAACGAAAAACAAAUGAAAACUCACACCCUGGCUCAACAUACUAGAGUCCCCAGAGCCAGGGCGUGACAGUACCCCCCCCCAAAGGCGCGGACUCCGGCCGCGCCAACCAAACACCACAGGGGAGGGACCGGGUGGGCACUCCGCCUUGGCGGCGGAUCCGGCUGCGGGCAUGAUUCCCACUCCCUCUCCAACCCCCCAAAGUACCCCUGGUCCGGUCUGACCCUGCUGGCCAGAGCUGGACUGAACACCGGUGGAGUGGAUUGCUCUAGCUCCGGCGUGGAGCAGCUGACCGGUGCCGGACCAGGCACCGGUGGAACAGGCACGGGCUGUGCCGGACUGACGACGCACACCACUGGCUUGGUGUGGGGAGCAGGAACAGGCCGAACCGGGCUGACGAUGCGCACCAUAGGCUUGGUGCGUGGAGCAGGAACAGGCCGGGCCGGGCUGACGAUGCGCACCAUAGGCUUGGUGCGUGGAGCAGGAACAGGCCGGGCCGGGCUGACGACGCGCACCACAGGCUCGAUGCGAGGAACAGGAACAGGCCGGACCGUACUAGGGGGACACACCACUGGCCCUACGCAGGGAUCAGGAACGGGCCGGACCGGACUGGUAACACACCCCAGUACCUCUCGCCGUGCCUCUACACUUUCCCUCUCCUCUGUGACCAGUGGCCCCCUUAACCUCUGCAAACCCGCUGGACCGCUCUAUCGCGGCCUCCUGCUGCCCUGUCGUCCACGGUGUGAGCCCCCCCCUAAGUCGAGGUUGAUGUCCUUUAGCGAUACCUCUGGCGCUGGCUCCUGGACACGCUGCUUGGUCCAGUGUUGGUGGGAUCUUCUGUCACGAUCGUCGGAUACAGAGGACGAAGGCGCAGCAUGGAAGGUGAACAUAUUUAUUAAAUAAUGAUUACACGAACAAAAACAACAAAUCGAUACGUGACGUCCAAAGGUGCAAAAACACAAACCUACACAGGAACAAGAUCCCACAAACACUGUGGGAAAACUGGCUGCUUAAGUAUGGUUCCCAAUCAGAGACAACAAGCAACAGCUGAUACACGUUGCCUCUGAUUGAGAACCACACUGGCCAGCAUAGAACUACAAAACUAGAACGAAAAACAAAUGAAAACUCACACCCUGGCUCAACAUACUAGAGUCCCCAGAGCCAGGGCGUGACAGUUAAUAGUCAGAAUGGAAAUACACAGCUAGUUUCACAUACCAAGAUUCUCAAAUUCUGCAUAACCAAAGCCUGGUUGUUAUUUUGUGGCUUGCUCUGUGGGUUUCUUGUAAAUGGUGGAGAUGUGGAGUCAUUGUUGCAAAAGUGAUGCAGUCUGUAUCUUGUGACUGGUGUGGCGGGUAGAUGCAUCAGAGGUGUGGCUCUCAAAAGCCCCCAGUGUGCUCUCUCUCUCUCUCUCUCUGUCUCUCUUUCUCUCUGUCUCUGUACUGUGUCGUGAAAGGCAGCAGCUUGUGCUCUUCUCACUGCUGAUAUCAUCAAAGGCCUUGCUCUCAAAGCACAGGCUCAUCAUUUCCACAGAACACAUUGUCCCGUCCACCCCCAGUCACAAGGGCUAUGGCUUUGAAGUGACCUGAGGUAAAUGUGAUGAUGAGGCAAGGUGGGCCUUGAGGAACAAGAAGAGCACACUCAGCUUCCUCUUCAGCCCUUUCAAGCCAAUCAGCUAGCUCCUCUGGUCACCUGCAAGGCAGCAUUGAUAAAGAUCAGGCCGGCCCAGCUUGGGAGGUCAACAUACAUCAUGCCUCUUGAUGUUCCUUCCCGGUUCCUGCCCAAUCACAGCCAAAACUCACUGACAUCCUUCUAUCCUCUGUGUGGAGGCCAGGCCAGCGUUAGCCACAGGCUCUUUGAGAAAGAGGCCCCUUUAAAUGGCUGGGUUAUGAUACCUCUGGCUGUGUCUGUCUGUGUGUGCAGGGACUGGGAGACUGCAGUGGAGCAGCCAGGCAGUACCACUGUUAGCGUGUGAUAUCUCUGUAGUUGCAUGGCUGUAUUUGACCCACUGUAACUGUGUUGAAACUAGCAGAGAACAGCCUCUCUCUCUCUCUGUGCCCUAGGUAGCAACACUGUCUCAACACUGUCCCACAUUUCUUCCAAAACGCUUUCAUUCCAAAUGAACUAAGAUUUCAAGACUGUGUAGGCUUCCACCAUAUUGCUGUGAUGCAUCAAGUCUUAUCAGAUAAGGCCCUCAAAGUAGUGCCCUCAAAGCUCAUCACUAAGCUAAGGAUCCUGGGACUAAACACCUCCCUCUGCAACUGGAUCCUGGACUUCCUGACGGGCCGCCCCCAGGUGGUAAGGGUAGGUAACAACACAUCUGCCACACUGAUCCUCAACACGGGGGCCCCUCAGGGGUGCGUGCUCAGUCCCCUCCUGUACUCUCUGUUCACCCAUGACUGCAUGGCCAGGCACGACUCCAACACCAUCAUUAAGUUUGCCGACGACACAACAGUGGUAGGCCUGAUCACCGACAACGAUGAGACAGCCUAUAGGGAGGAGGUCAGAGAUCUGGCCGUGUGGUGCCAGGACAACAACCUCUCCCUCAACGUGACCAAGACAAAGGAGAUGAUUGUGGACUACAGGAAAAAAAAGAGGACUGAGCACGCCCCCAUUCUCAUCGACGGGGCUGUAGUGGAACAGGUUGAGAGCUUCAAGUUCCUUGGUGUCCACAUCACCAACGAACUAUCAUGGUCCAAACACACCAAGACAGCCGUGAAGAGGGCACGACAAAGCCUAUUCCCCCUCAGGAGACUAAAAAGAUUUGGCAUGGGUCCUCAGAUCCUCAAAAAAUUCUACAGCUGCACCAUCGAGAGCAUCCUGACUGGUUGCAUCACCGCCUGGUAUGGCAACUGCUUGGCCUCUGACCGCAAGGCACUACAGAGGGUAGUGCGUACGGCCCAGUACAUCACUGGGGCAAAGCUCCCUGCCAUCCAGGACCUCUAUACCAGGCGGUGUCAGAGGAAGGCCCUCAAAAUUGUCAAAGACUCCAGUCACCCUAGUCAUAGACUGUUCUCUCUGCUACCGCACGGCAAGCGGUACCGGAGUGCCAAGUCUAGGUCCAAAAGACUUCUCAACAGCUUCUACCCCCAAGCCAUAAGACUCCUGAACAGCUAAUCAUGGCUACCCGGACUAUUUGCACUGCCCCCCCACCCCAUCCUUUUUACGCUGCUGCUACUCUGUUAAGUAUUUAUGCAUAGUCACUUUAACUCUACCCACAUGUACAUAUUACCUCAACUACCUAAACUAGCCGGUGCCCCCGCACAUUGACUAUGCAACGGUACCCCCCUGUAUAUAUAGCCUCCCUACUGUCACUUUAUUCUAUUGUAUAUAUAGCCUCCCUACUGUCACUUUAUUUUUUACUUCUGCUCUUUUUUUCUCAACACUUUUUUUUGUUGUUGUUUUAUUCUUACUUUUUUGUUUAAAAUAAAUGCACUGUUGGUUAAGGGCUGUAAGUAAGCAUUUCACUGUAAUGUCUGCACCUGUUGUAUUCGGCGCAUGUGACCAAUAAAAUUUGAUUUGAUUUGAUUUGAUAAGGGAAAUGAGAUGAAUAAAGAAAGCUCUUUAGACUUUUGGAGGCUUAUCCUGAGAGAUUCAGCAGGCCGCCUGGGUAGAUGGAGCUCAGCCCCUCUCUCAGCCUAGUCUGUCUGGAGCCCCUAGAUACAUCCCCAGGGACUAGGAGGCUUUCACACUUGUCUCAGUCUCUCUCUAAUCUUGGAAAGGAAUGUGUUUUUCCUAUUUGACAGAAUUCUUCUAUUACAUAUGGUAUUUAUCUCAUUUCCCUCAGCAGACAUGUAUUUACUGUACAUGUCUGCUGAGGGGUUGGAUGAAGGCUCUUUUCCAUUCAUAAUUUCUGCAGUAUUUUUAUGCUACCUUCUAGGUGAAAGGUGUCCAGUACUGUAUGAAGGUUCAUUUCCAGCUAGUUAUGCCCAUAAAAUUGAUGAUUUCACAUGUAAUUCAAUAUAGCUUAUACACAGUAUAUCCACUGCAUCCAGAAAUGGCUGCUGUCUCUAGUAUAAAAGUGUACAGUGCACCCAGCCUCCCUCCCAGUGUCAGUCAGUUCAAUGUGAGUCUGUCAGACUCUCAGGUUAAUUUGCUGCUCGUCCUAAUCGUGUGAGUGCUGACGCUGUGUGUUUCUCUCGGCAGGAGUCACUCUCUUCGUGGCACUUUACGACUACGAGGCGCGGACAGAGGACGACCUCAGCUUCAGGAAAGGGGAGAAGUUUCAGAUUAUCAACAGCACGUAAGUACAGUAACAGUACAGACGCUUAUCACACAUCACACCCACUGCACCGAGGGGGGAAACAGGUCUAUAUUAUAUAUGUAAAUUAGAAUGCAUAUUACAAUCACUCUCGCAGUCUGGCUGUCUAGGUGUUGCAUUUUGAUCGAGGAAAGUGGUGUUGGAAUGGCAGCUGGGACAGCAGUUUUAUUUCAUUUUUCAACCAUGAACAGUAGCGGUUGAAUCUACAUUUAAACUGGGUGGAGCAGGCAGGGGUAUUUAGUUUGCAGUGGGUGAUGUGGAAUGGUUCUGUUUUGUUCUUCAGUCUGCUCUGGUCUGGUGUAGACUUUCCCUUUGAACUGUCUGACACAUGCAGCCACCCUAUUUCCUGUGCCUACUCUUUGGCCAUGUUGGAUACUGUUACCCCUCUGUCAGCAAAACUGUCUCAGACCAGCCAAUGGGAAGGCAGCUGAGCCUGCCAAUAUUUCAAACAUGCUUCUCUGAAACCUCAUGUUUUUUUCCUAUAUGAGAGACUCCUCUCAGCUGAAUUGAUAGCCUGCACACUGCAAAAUAAAAAUAUAUAUUUCUUUCAGGAGUGUGUGUGACUGGGUCUGUUUUGGUUUGUGAUUUCCUAUCUCCUUCUCUAUUGUCCCCAUGUAGUUGUUCAACCUAAAGUCCAGUCCCAGCACAGUGUCUCCUCUCGUCACCAGUCACCACACCCAUUCAUACUGCUUUAACAUCCUGUCCUCCCUCCCCUACGGAAGGGCUGCUCUUCCUCCUCAUACCCCAGCAGCACACCUUUCACCUUUCAACUUUCCACCCACGCCCUCCCAUCUAGAGCAAAGGCAGGAAGACACCAUCAUUAGGGCCCUCUCUAUCCUCUUCUCCUCCCUCCUCCUCCGCCUGCUGCUUCCCUCCCUCCCUUCCUGGCAGCACCUAGACUCUAACUGGGUACACUGCCCCCUCCUGGAGGAAGGAGUAGUUGCAACCAGCCCAGUCCCAGACCCUGUCUCUCCCUCUUAGUCAGGGCUGCCUGGCACACAGAAGGUCCAUGGCAGGUGCCUGUUUAGGCAGGGCUUAUGUGAGCAGCCCUGGGACUCCAUCGGACACACUGGGCACAGAGCAGUGAGUGAAGGGACUGUUGUGUUGUGAUGUGAUGGCAUCCUCUCUAGGAAACACUGAGCUUGGUGAAUUUAUCCAACACGUUACAGGGAACCAUCCCAAACAAUAAGGCUCAAGUCUUUAAAACGCUCCAGUUUGAUUGCUUGUGAUUUUCCUAUAGCAUGUUUGAUAUAACGACAUAUUGUUUAUAAUACAAUGGCAUAUUUAGCACAUUUUUCUCAGUCUGUUUUUGUAAAACUACCUCAGAAACCUCAGAGAUUUGUUGUUCAAUGGUUCAAGUCUUAAUGGUUAGUAAAUUGUGAAUUGUUUUUGUACAUAUUCCAACUAUGAAUACUAUGCUAGUGGAUACCAGCCUGACUCCAGUCUGUCGACACAAUCCACUCAUUACUCUGUCAUCAGCAGUGACCACAGGGAGAGGGGCUAGUCAGAGCAUUACAAUACUUCUGGAGAUGGGCGGAGGAUGGUUCUCUCUUUGUUUAUAUGUUGUUGUUUUCUGUCUUUGCGGCGGAGUCGAGUUGGUUUAAAGAGGGUUUAAGAAGACAGACAGGGGCCCCUCCCGUCUAUCUCUCUCUCUCACUCUCUCGCUCUCUCUCCUGCUUUCCUCCCAGCAAUCCAUCCUUCCUCUCAGCUGUUAGCGUUAGCGUGUUAGGGGGAACACACUAGCCCUCCAGAGGGAACCUCCAUUAUGCUCUCAGAACAAAGGAAACCGGCCCCAUUUCUGCCUGUGAUGUCGUCCCCAGGCCCACCAUCAUGUUUUUAUUCAGGACAAAUGAAAGACCACCACUAGCUCGCCCAAAAAGAAAGAUGAAAUGUGCGAGGGAGAGAGAGAUGUAAAAGAGGGCAGUGUGUUUGGAGGACAGGCGAGUGAGAGUGAUGGAGGGAGGAGAGUAUAGGAAAGGCGGUGGAGGGAUGGAGGGAGGGAGUGUAGGAAAGGCGGUGGAGGGAUGGAGGGAGGGAGUAUAGGAAAGGCGGUGGAGGGAUGGAGGGAGGGAGUGUAGGAAAGGCGGUGGAGGGAUGGAGGGAGGGGAGUAUAGGAAAGGCGGUGGAGGGAUGGAGGGAGGGAGUAUAGGAAAGGCGGUGGAGGGAUGGAGGGAGGGAGUAUAGGAAAGGCGAUGGAGGGAGGGAGUGUAGGAGAGGUGACAGUUAGAGGGAGGACAUGAGAGAGGCAGUAAUGGAGCCCUCCCCUGCUUGUAAUCAGCCAGUGCUGCCAAAUACUACCUCCCUCCACGAUUCCAUAUGAACAAGGCAUGUGCUGCUUUCAAUGUAUUCACAUUGUCAACUGCAUUAUUGAACAUAGUGGUUUGUGUUUUCGCCGCUCUAAUAGUACACUCUGUACAUGAAACCAUCUGACCCCCCCCCCUUCUCUCUCCCUCUCUCUCUUUCUCUCCUCAGUGAAGGGGACUGGUGGGAUGCUCGUUCCCUUACCACUGGUGGAAAUGGCUACAUUCCCAGUAAUUACGUGGCUCCAGUGGACUCCAUCCAGGCUGAGGAGUGAGUAGCAGUCUGUCAUAUUGAGUUUCAUUGGGACAUACUCUGACAGAGCUGACUACAUGGCAUGAAAAAAAAUGAAUGAAAUAAAAAUGAAAUGAUUGAAAACACACACACACACUCUCUCUCUUUCUCUCUCUUUUCUCCAGUGCUUGACUUGGACUAAAAUAAGUGCCGGUACUCAUUUUGGGUGCCGGUACUGUUUAUAUUUAGGUGCAGGAGCUCCACAAUACUUUUGAGCUAAUAUUCUGUAAGAGGAACAGGAGCUCAAGCAGAAGAAGAUUCAAGGUGCCGGUACUCUGCUCCGGUGAGCUCCUGCCCAAGUCAAGCACUGCUUCUCUCUCCUGUCUACAUUAUCCUCACUGUCUGAGACAACAGGGAGGGAGGAAGAUGUCAUAAGUUAAGACAAGCACAGAUAUCCUCUCUUUCUCUCAGCGUCUGGAGUUAACCGUCAACACAAGGCUCUGAGGAGAAAUUGAAUCAUACUGGGAUUUAUAAGUCUCUGCAGAGCUGGCACUUUCCCCGGCUCAUUAAAGAUACUUUUAUUACAAAAGAAAGAAGAAUUGUGUUAAAUGCUGUGUGUUCAGAUAUUUGAAAUGUCAUAGAGAAUGUAUACGAGUUUUAUCUGUGUUAUGUGUGUAUAAACCUGGGUGUCAGACAGUGCUACAGGCCCUUCCCCCACAUCCCUCCCCGUCAGACUCUCUGAGGAAUAAUGAUGUAAUUAUUCUAAUGGUGCACCACAAGGCCCACUCUCAUUAAGCUCACUAUAGUAUGCUGGAUUUAAGCACAGCCAGGGUUUGCAUUGGGUGUGGUUCAAUUCACCAACACUGGCUUAUUACUGGAAGAGAAGGGGAGGCAUUUCAUGCAGGAUAUUAAAUCCUCUGUUCACUCUCAACAUGCAGUUAGCCAUUGUUCAGCCUCUAGUCUGAGAAACCAUGGCCAAAGGGUGAUUUAUUGACAGUGUUACAGUGAGCGUUUGUGAACUGGCCUUGUGACCUGUGUCUCUCAGCUCUGUAUGUCAGAUGAUCAUUUUAAAAUGUAAAGACCCCUUUACACACUCUAAUCAAUUAAGAUAGAUGGCUUAUAAAAUGGCUUCCCUCACUCAUUAUUGACCUGUCCCUGUGUUAAACCCUCUCUCUGUAGCUGGUACUUUGGGAAACUGGGCCGGAAGGAUGCAGAGAGGCAACUUCUGUUCACUGGCAAUCCCCGCGGCACCUAUCUCAUCAGGGAGAGCGAAACCACUAAAGGUAACCUCAAGAGACUGUCAGGACAGCGCUGUAAUAGAAUGCAUGAUGUACCCAACUGAGGAGCAGCCUACUGUUCUAGAAAAACUACCCAGCGGGUAAAACUGGUUGAAAUUACGUCAUAAUAUUUUCCCGGUGGGCUAUUUCUGCAUCUGUUAAUACUAUCAACCAUUCCCUAUGACCACAAUUAUUAUUAAUGCAUGAGGUAAGUGAAUGUUUUCCCAGUGACUCACUCCCCUCCCCAUCUGUGUCCUGUAGGUGCCUUCUCCUUGUCCAUACGAGACUGGGAUGACGUGAAGGGGGACCAUGUGAAGCAUUAUAAGAUCCGUAAGCUGGACAGCGGAGGUUACUACAUCACUACCAGGGCUCAGUUUGAGACCCUGCAGCAGCUGGUGCAGCACUACUCAGGUACCAGUCAGAAAUGGUCCAAGUUACACCGUUAAUAGAAUAUUAUUACACACACCAUUCAUACACCACUAUUACAAUGUUGAUUAUGGAAAAGAUAUAUACCUGCACUCCAGUGACGGCUCAUAAUAAUGGCCGGAACGGAGCAAAUGGAAUGGCAUCAAACACCUGGAAACCAUGUGUUUGAUGUGUGGUCCCGUGUAGCUCAGUUGGUAGAGCAUGGCGCUUGCAACGCCAGGGUUGUGGGUUCAUUUCCCACGGGGGGCCAGUUUGAAAAAAAAUUAUGCACUCACUAACUGUAAGUCGCUCUGGAUAAGAGCGUCUGCUAAAUGACUAAAAUGUCAAAUGUAAAUGUAUUUGAUACCAUUCCGCUCCAGUCAUUACCAUGAGCCCAUUCUCCCCAAUUAAAGUGCCACCAACCUCCUGUGAUGAACAUUGAAAAUAUCAAAAACCAAGGCAGAUGGAAAAGUAUACAUUUAAUUUAUUACACCUACCAUUUAUACACCAUUAUUACAAUGUUUAUAAGACCUUUAUGAGUGGCAAAGUUUAUACCGAUGAUGAGAAUAUAUGUAGGCCUGGAGUUAAGGUAACGUACAGUUCAACUCAUCCGAACAUAGCUGUAGUGAUUAACUUAUAGAAACAGAAGGAAGGGAGGCUGCUAAUGUACACAAUAGUAGGUUUUGGUAGACAGAAGGUGCACUUUGUUUAAAGGGGUAAAUUGGCCAUCAGAAAGAACAGAGGACCAAGGCACUCUUCAUAUAAUUAAUCUUUUUUUUUUGUUGAUGUAAUCUUUGUUCCAUUGAACAUGUCAUACAAAUAAAUGCAUUUUAAUUAAUUAUAUGAAGAGUGCCUUGGUCCUCCAUUCUUUCUGAUAGCUGUAGUGAUGUUGGUGUUAUAGUGGAGACAUCAUUUCAAAGCCCAAAUAGAUACAAGAGGCUUCUCCUCGACCUGGUGUCCAAUUCCUUGGAUUCAUUCAGAAGUGCAUUAUGCUGACACAAUCAGUAUAAACUGAUUUACACUGGGGAGGCCUCUUCAAAUGCAGAAAUAGAAAUUGAUGCUGACACUUAAGAUUUGAGAAGGGAAUGAAGUGCAAUUGAAGUGAAAUUGAAGUGAAGCCUGGUGUAAUGUAACCCAUAAACACAAACUUCAAAUACUGAGCGAAGCACUUUCAAACUUUCAGAAAACUGUUGAGAAUACAACAGCUAAGUGAUUCAAGGAGGGAUGAAGUGGCAUGGUUUGAAAUCAACUAUUCUGCAAAUAUUGAGAGGAAUACAUUUUAGAUUGACACUAGCGCCACUUAUUGUGGUUUGAAAAGGGGACCCUGAAAGGAUGAUGUAGUCUACUGUUUGUCUUAGUGUGAGUUAGUGGUCCUAUUACCUCACCCUGUAGAGAGUAAUGAGCCUGUUAAUCACGGUGGUCUGUACUGUACCGUCACCAUAGUAUUGAGUGUCCCAGUUGUACGGACCACGAGGACAGUUGAACGUCACUUUGUGAUGAUGACAGACUGCAUUCAUGAGCAUGUGUUGGUGUCAGAUGAGACAGCUCUCUCUCUCUCGCUCUACGUCUUUCUCUCUCUCUGUCUCAUUCGCUCUCUCUCUAUAAAUAGUAUAUCACUCUCUCUUUUCCUCAGCCACUCUUUCUCUCUCUCCCUCUCUCUUUCUGGAUCUCUCUCCCUCUAUGUAUCUGUCUUUCUCUCUCCCCUGUCUGUCUCUCUCCAUGACAAGGGUGAUAUUUUCCUCCACAUGCUCCAGUUAGCACAUUGACAUGUCCAUACUUAGCACAUUGGAAAUGAACAGUAUGGAUUUUGUGUGUUAUGUUUGUGUCACAGUGCAUUAACUGUCAAUUGUUUUCUUUAUCGCCACUCCAGAGAACAUAUGUGAAGUUCAAUCACACCUCUUCAAAUGACCUUGACUGCUGUUGUUUUCUUCCAGGGCUUGUGCUUCUUCUGUUGCCUUUUGGGUCGUUCCACAAAAUGAGUCCUUUUUGGGUAGUGUAAAAAAAAAAAAAAAAAAUGUUUUAUUUCACCUAAUUUUAACAUUGUGUCAUGACAAGCACAUUUUCCCAUCUCAAGAGGUUAAAUAAAAACGACUAUUACUAUAGUAAGUCCCUAUUAAGUGCCAAAUAAAGUAACAUGGUUGACCGUAACAGCGUUGACGAUUUCAUCUUAAAUCAGCCAUAAAUCCCCUUCUGACGGGGAAUGGAAGCUUGUGUGUGUAACAGGGAGGGGCAAUUGAAUGCAGGCUUCACAAUAAAAAUUGUUAAAACAUUUCUAGCCUGUCUAUCUAUGGGUAACAGGGUUGACGUGUUAUUCUCAACCCACUCAGUUUUCCACCACAAAACAUCAGAAAAUGGCCAAAAAAGUUAGAACCAGUUCACCUGCUUUUACUCUAUGAUUUGACUAUUAGAUGUUCAAAAAGGAAUAGUUUCACCAUUAUUAAAAUGCGAGUUCGGUUCACGUAAGAGUUGACCUUAAAAUGAGGGACAGGUUGUUGUUUUUUUACCUUAUAAUUAAUCACUAAUCACAUGAAAUAAAUAAUAAUCUUUAGAAAUUACUUUGUCAAAGCAAAAAAAUAACUAGGGCUUUACAAUGAUGGUGACAAUUUAGAGAAAUGUUGGGGUUAAGUGGGUUAAAAUCCUCAGAGAAGUCACAGAGUGUGCACGGAGGGACAUCCCAAAAUGCUGAGUUUUGGCACUUUAGCAAGCCUACAGUGGCUUGCGAAAGUAUUCACCCCCCUUGGCAUCUUUCCUAUUUUGUUGCCUUACAACCUGGAAUUAAAAUGGAUUUUUAGGGGGGUUUGUAUCAUUUAAUUUACAUAACAUGCCUACCACUUUGAAGAUGCAAAAUAUUUUAUGUUGUGAAACAAACAAGAAAUAAGACAAAAAAUACAGAACUUGAGCGUGCAUAACUCAGAAUGCUUAGGGUCAUUGUCCUGCUGGGAGGUGAACCUCCGUCCCAGUCUCAAACCUCUGGAAGACUGAAACAGGUUUCCCUCAAGAAUUUCUCUGUAUUUAGAGCCAGAAUACCUUCAAUUCUGACCAGUUUCCCAGUCCCUGCCGAUGAAAAACAUCCCCACAGCAUGAUGCUUCCACCACCAUGCUUCACUGUGGGCAUGGUGUUCUCUGGGUGAUGAGAGGUGUUGGGUUUGCGCCAGACAUACUGUUUUCCUUGAUGGCCAAAAAGCUCAAUUUUAGUCUCAACUGACCAGAGUACCAUCUUCUAUAUGUUUGGGGAGUCUCCCACAUGGCUUUUGGCGAACACCAAACGUGUUUGCUUAUUUUUUUCUUUAAGCAACAGCUUUUUUCUGGCCUCUCUUCCGUAAAGCCCAGCUCUGUGGAGUGUAUGGCUUAAAGUGGUCCUAUGGACAGAUACUCCAAUCUCCGUUGUUGAGCUUUGCAGCUCCUUCAGGGUUAUCUUUGGUCUCUUUGUUGCCUCUCUGAUUAAUGCCCUCCUUGCCUGGUCCGUGAGUUUUGGUGGGCGGCCCUCUCUUGGCAGGUUUGUUGUGGUGCCAUAUUCUUUCAAUUUUUUAAUAACAGAUUUAAUGGUGCUUCGUGGGAUGUUCAAAGUUUUUUGAUAUUUUUUAAUAACCCAACCCUGAUCUGUACUUCUCCACAACUUUGUCCCUGACCUGUUUGGAGAGCUCCUUGGUCUUCAUGGUGCCGCUUGCUUGGUGGUGCCCCUUGCUUAGUGGUGUUGCAGACUCUGGGGCCUUUCAGAACAGAUGUGUGUGUAUAUAUAUAUAUAUAUGUAUAUAUAUAUAUAUAUAUAUAUAUAUAUAUACUGAGAUCAUGUGACAGAUUAUGUGACACUAAGAUUGCACACAGGUGGACUUUAUUUAACUAAUUAUGUGACUUCUGAAGGUAAUUGGUUGCACCAGAUCUUAUUUAGGGGCUUCAUAGCAAAGGGGCUGAAUACAGAUGCACACACCACUUUUCCGUUAUUUAUUUUUUAGAAUUUUUUGAAACAAGUUAUUUUUUUUAUUUCACUUCACCAAUUUGGACUAUUUUGGGUGUGUCCAUUACAUGAAAUCCAAAUAAAAAUCAAUUUAAAUUACAGGUUGUAAUGCAAGAAAAUAGGAAAAACACCAAGGGGGAUAAAUACUUUUGCAAGGCACUGUAUAUCCAGAUUUAUAUAAUUUUCCAUAUGGUCUAAAUUAAAGGGGCAAUCUGAAGUUGAUAUUUCCAUUUUUGGACUAAAAAAUGUAUUAUAUGUACCCAUUGAUUCUUGAAGAAUAGAACUUAUAAAUGCCUCAUGAGCUUAUUAGUUCAACAUCAGAACCCAAAUUAUAAGUAUGUUUUACGCCAAUGUUUGUGAACAAAGUCAAUGUAAACAAACACUAAAUAGCCUCAAAACAUGGUUUAAACUAUCAUUUUGAUAUCAUGGAUGGUCAGUCCUUGCAUCCAUAGCUCUGGCUAUGAAUUUGGAAGUGGUUACAUUUCUCCAACUCCAUCCCUCUGCUUUUUACUGAAACAGGGCCUGGGAGUACACUGUUAUUGUUUCAACUGCUGAUUGCCACUUUAAAGAGCACUUCAUUUAAUAUAACAGGCUUUUAAAAUCCAAUAUUGGUGCAAAAUGUCUACUUAAAAUAUCAAAGGGACGCACACAAAAGGACUCAUUUUGUGGAAUUAACCUUUUGCUUUCUCACAAUCUCUCACUUGGGUUUUUUAUCAAGAUUCAAUUUCUAGAUUAUCAACGCAUCUUUCCACAGCAGUCACACAGCAAUCACAUACUGUAGGCAAAAACACCACAACCGCAAACUAGCUUUAAAAAAAAAAGAAUGACAUUAUUUUCUUGGAAAUACCACUUAACUUUAAUAGCCACCAAGGGCUAAUAACAAUUUUGAUACCUAUUGUGUGCACGCAGUGUGUCCAACACCAGCCUCUCCCAUUUGCCGAAUUGACAUGUUUUAUGAUAGUGAUACUGAGACAUAAAGUACAGUAUUGAUACCUUGCCACAGCAGCAGGCACCGAUGGGCUUUAAUGGCUGGGGCGCAAUCAGAACACAACACUCCCAAUGGAGAGGUUUUAUCUCCCCUAAACUUCCCUGAGCAAACCGCCUGGUCCUUAUCGCUGGGGGGGCUUAAUGUCAGGGGAAUCAAAGUGGAAGGGACGGAGGCGGAAGCAUCAUUCCCAUGCCUCGCUUUUAAUCGAUCGUGGGCAAACACAUCUACUUCCUCUGCGGAAAGGAGAAACGCCAAUUUUCAUGUCAGGAAUGAGAUGACAUGUUUUCAUGCUCACGUACAAUAAUGGACACACAGCUGCCAGCCACAAUGGCUUCUGCUGUCCCUGACUAAAAUGUAGCCCAGAGUACCCUCCUUUACUACGUAACAUUAAAACAUCGUAGUUGUAAUGCACCGUAUAGUGCAUUAUACUUCCAUUUGGAGGGAUUGACAGGCCACAUCUCUAAACAAUUAGUCAUUAUUGUAAAGCAUUGGGAGUCACACAUGCCAUUAGCAAGAGUGGAACCAUGAACGUGUCCAUCUACAGCAGGCUGUUGUGGUCAGGCCUGACCUGCCUUGGCUAAUCACUUAUUUCCCACUGUGCAAAAACUGGUUGAAUCAAUGUUGUUUCCACAUCAUUUCAACCCAAAAAAUCAAGAAUCAACGUGGAAAAAAUAAGGGCAUUUCGUCUUUUUUUCACCCAAUUUUUCAGCUAAAUCCAAUGACAUGGUGAAAUGUUUGUUGAUUUUACGUUGAAUUGACUUUAGUUGACAACUCAACCAAAUGUAAAUCAAAACUAGACGUUGAACUGACGUCUGUGCGCAGUGGGUUCGACCUUUGACUAAGAGCAACCUCAAAACAGGCUGCAACCUGUGCAAUAUUGACCCUUCAAUUCCUUUUUGAAUUCCUUACUGAAUUCCUUACAUUCAAAGAAAUAUAGUGCAGCUGGUAAAAACAUCACGUUAUGUGUGUCAUCAACAGAGCCGACAGAAUCCUAGUGCAGUACUGUAGAAGAGAUAGAGGGGGGAGGAUGGAGGUUGGAACAGCACUCGGUGUGAUUUGAUGAACAGUAGCUAAGAGGGCAUUAGACAGAUUAAUACUUGACCUUAUGGCCCUGGGGACAGACACUGUCUGGGACAUCUAGUGGGACAGAUUGACUGGCUGCUGUGGUGCUUACCUGAGCUCACUGCUGGAUGUACCUGGAACUGUUUUGCUAUGGGAGUUCACUUUAACUUACUGUCUACUGCUGCUUCUCUCUCUCUCCCCCUCCUCUCUCUCUCUUCACAGUGCUUUGCUAACUGCUUUCUUUCAACCCCCCCCCUCCCUUCUCUAUCUCACACUGUGUCUCUGUAUGCGUGUGUGUGUUUGUGUGCGCGCUCCUUGUGCAUGUGUGCAGAGCGGGCCGCGGGGCUGUGCUGUCGCUUGGUGGUGCCCUGCCACAAAGGGAUGCCCCGCCUCACCGACCUGUCCGUCAAAACCAAAGACGUGUGGGAGAUCCCGCGGGAGUCACUGCAGCUCAUCAAGCGUCUGGGGAAUGGGCAGUUUGGGGAGGUCUGGAUGGGUACGGGCAGAGUCGCCUCCAUAAACGUCCGACCACAGGCUGCAUGGAAGGGGGCCACUGACUGAGCAAGCAGAGACAUCAGACCGAGAACAGAUAGACAGUCUACUCAAAACCUCUCUCUUUGAGAGAAAGGAGGAAACCAAAAACGACAUUUGUGUCUUUACUGUUAAAGGAGAUUGUCUGUCAAUGUCUACAAGUUCCACUCUCUCAGUUCAAUAUGGCCGCCUUCCAUCUGCCUCUUUGCAUGUUCCUCUCCCUAGUAGUUAACCCUGUGUGCCUUGCCUUCCCUGUUCCCUCCCCUGUAGAGAGUGCGGAUGGUUUGUGCUUUAAUUUAACGGGUGUGUGUGUGAACUACACCCCUGAUACUAUGGGCCUGACUCACGAUUCCUGGGAAAUCGCCAGAGACUCACUUGAGUUGGAAGUAAAGCUGGGGGCGGGAUGUUUUGCUGAGGUGUGGUUUGGUAAGGACAAAGUAGUUCCAUUAUUUUAUUUUCCUUUCUACUGAGGGGUGUCCAGGAGGAAAAUUGGAUAACUUACAUUUAUUUAUUUCUAAAUGUAAAGGGAUUUUAUUGAAUCACCUGAGGACUUUUUCAGUCUAGUCUGCAAAACACAAAAGGAAACUUUUGUGCAGGUGGUUCUGUUUUGUAUUGUAAUGGUUAAUGAAAAUGUAAGUUAUCAUCUUUUUCCAGGAUACCCUAGAUUUUUGCAAAUAUUAAUUUUAUCAUGCUUCAGUUGAGGCUUCAGGCUUAAAUCAAUAGUCUUAAGUUUACUUUUAAGCAUACAAUCUUACUAUUAUUUUAAUGUAUCCAGUGUAGAACUGGCUACAUUGACUACUUUUGAGUCUAGAGAUCAGGGGUGUGUCCUGUCCUGUUGUAACAUUUCAACAGGCUGUUUAGGGGUUUGGAGUUUAGGUUGGGGCUAGCCCCACACCCUGCUGCUAGUGACACCCAGCCCCCUGGGAUACCAUUACCUCAGAGCCCAGCGGGUGACCUCAGUACAGUAACUGCACUGCGCCAGGCCCCAAAAUGGCAGACGAGGCCCAGAAGCCAUAGCUGUGUCACUAAUCAACACUGCUCUCAAGGAUUUCUGAGUGCGCUCUUAAAUUAAACCCCCCCGAACCCACCACAGUAGAAACGCAUGUGAAUUCCAAAUGUCACCGACUGUCUGGAGGUCUGUCUUGCCUUUAGGUCACAGCUGAUAUUUCUGCAUUAUUUACUGACACAGACCGCAUCCCAAAUGGCAUCAUAUUCCUUACUGUAUAUGGUGCCAUACUUUUUGACCAGAGCCCUAUGGGCCCUAUGGGCCCUGGUCAAAACUGGUGCACUAGAUAGGGAAUAGGGUGCAAUUUCGGACGGAGCCACAGAACAAGCUAAAUGACCUCGUAUGAAGAAUAGACCCUGAUUUCAAUGGUUCAAUGUUGGGUGUAUGUACGGUACUGUUGAGAGGAACAAUGGCGUGCCCACACUGUGCUACAGUACAGUAGCUGGCACAGCUCCACAAUGUAUUAUCCUUUCCCGUGUUGGCAUAUUGUGGGGUUUAAAACCUCACCAGAUCUCUCUCAUGGCUUUUGAAAGCCAUUUGAAAUGAAGCGUCACUAUAAAUAUCAUGCACAUUGACGCGUCCCUCAGCACAACCUUUGUGCGUGUGAAUUAAAGGCAAGCAGACUUCAAUGUCCAUUUAUGGGUUGUGUGCUGUGUUGUUGGUAUGCCAAAGCAAGACUGUUUUUAGAUAUGAACAUGCUAGAUUGUACACAGCAAUACCUAUUAAAUUCACAACAAAAUGGGGUCAAGUCUUGCUUUGUGACAUGAUGUACUGUAUACAUAAUUGGACAGUUAUCCAGAUACAGAUUAAGCCUAGUCCUGGACUAAAAAAACAUGCUUAGUGGAGAAUCUCCAUUUGAAUAACUUCUUAAUCCAACACUAGGCUUAAACUGUGUCUAGGAAACCGGCCCCGAGAGUUGUGAGAUGUGAUGGCUGUACUAAUUAUUUGUCGUUGGUGGGUAACAGGAACGUGGAACGGCACCACUAAGGUGGCGGUGAAGACGCUGAAGCCGGGCACCAUGUCUCCUGAGUCCUUCCUGGAGGAAGCCCAGAUCAUGAAGAAGCUCCGCCAUGACAAACUGGUGCAGCUCUAUGCUGUGGUGUCUGAGGAACCCAUCUACAUCGUCACUGAGUACAUGGGCAAAGGUAUUGUCAUUCUCACACACAUGAAUGGACGCAUGCACACAUAGAGACAGACACACACACACACUAUACAUGGUGUAACACACACACACACACCCACCCACACACAGUUCAUGUUGUAACAAACACACAAACACACAAUACCUUUGUCCACGUACUCUGCGACGAUGCCAUGGAGAAAACGGACCCGAGCACUCAAUCCAACAUUGACACUGUGGUGAACCACCACCUUCGGUGACACAUUCUAGGUCUUGCUAGAUAGACUAUGUAAUCAUCUGCCUUGUCGCCAACCCUGUAGUUGCUAUUACUCUGGAAUAGUGUUUUUCUUCACUGUGACAAUAAUGAGAGCCUAUAUUUAACUAUGACAGAGUCGGCAAACAUGCUGACAUUUACGAGCACCACAAGAAAGAGCUUCAGAUCCAUUAAUUAAGUAUAGAAGAAGCUGGGAUGGAAACUUUGAUAUGAUCAUUGUUUCGUUGGCAUGCUGGGAAGGAAUUUCACAUAUAGGUCAGACUGUCAACUGAUGCUCAGAAGACGUUCAAUAAAGAUCUGCAAUUUCAAAUGCAUGUUCUGACAACAGAUAUCUCCUGUUGUUUAGGAAGCCUCCUAGAUUUCCUGAAGGAUGGGGAGGGACGAGGACUGAAGCUGCCCAAUCUGGUUGACAUGGCAGCCCAGGUAAGCCCUGAUAAAAAAAUGUCUCUCACUCCGCUCUGUGUUUAUAUAACGGAACUCUGUGUGACUUCACAAACAAGACGACUCAGCAGCACUGAAACUUCACGACAGUGGUGUGUCACCGUGUGCAGCAUUCUCUCUGGAACUACACUACCAGUCAAAAGUUUGGACACACCUACUUAUUCAAGGGUUUUUCUUUAUUUUUGCAAUUUGUUACAUUGUAGAGUAAUAGUGAAGACAUCAAAACUAUGAAAUAACACAUAUGGAAUCAUGUAGUAACCAAAAAAGUGUUAAACAAAUCAAAAUAUAUUUUAUAUUUGAGAUUCUUCAAUUAGUCACCCUUUGCCUUGAUGACAGCUUUGCACACGCUUGGCAUUCUCUCAACCAGCUUCAUGAGGUAGUCACCUGGAAUGCAUUUCAAUUAACAGGUGUGCCUUGUUAAAAGUUAAUUUGUGGAAUUUAUUUCCUUCUUAAUGCAUUUGAGCCAAUCAGUUGUGUUGUGACAAGGUAGGGGGUGGUAUACAGAAGAUAGCCCUAUUUGGUUAAAGACCAAGUCCAUAUUAUGGCAAGAACAGCUCAAAUAAGCGAAGAGAAACUAAAGUACAGCAUUACUUUAAGACAUGAAGGUCAGUCAAUACUGAACAUUUCAAGAACUUUGAAAGUUUCUUCAAGUGCAGUUGCAAAAACCAUCAAGCACUAUGAUGAAACUGGCUCUCAUGAGGACCGCCACAGGAAUGGAAGACCCAGAGUUACAGUGAGGGGAAAAAAGUAUUUGAUCCCCUGCUGAUUUUGUACGUUUGCCCACUGACAAAGACAUGAUCAGUCUAUAAUUUUAAUGGUAGGUUUAUUUGAACAGUGAGAGACAGAAUAACAACAAAAUAAUCCAGAAAAACACAUGUCAAAAAUGUUAUGAAUUGAUUUGCAUUUUAAUGAGGGAAAUAAGUAUUUGACCCCUCUGCAAAACAUGACUUAGUACUUAGUGGCAAAACCCUUGUUGGCUAUCACACAGCUGACCACAGCUAUGGUCAGACGUUUCUUGUAGUUGGCCACCAGGUUUGCACACAUCUCAGGAGGGAUUUUGUCCUACUCCUCUUUGCAGAUCUUCUCCAAGUCAUUAAGGUUUCGAGAGUGACGUUUGGCAACUCGAACCUUCAGCUCACUCCACAGAUUUUCUAUGGGAUUAAGGUCUGGAGACUGGCUAGGCCACUCCAGGACCUUAAUGUGCUUCUUCUUGAGCCACUCCUUUGUUGCCUUGGCCGUGUGUUUUGGGUCAUUGUCAUGCUGGAAUACCCAUCCACGACCCAUUUUCAAUGCCCUGGCUGAGGGAAGGAGGUUCUCACCCAAGAUUUGACGGUACAUGGCCCCGUACAUCGUCCCUUUGAUGCGGUGAAGUUGUCAUGUCCCCUUAGCAGAAAAACACCCCCAAAGCAUAAUGUUUUCACCUCCGUGUUUGACAGUGGGGAUGGUGUUCUUGGGGUCAUAGGCAGCAUUCGUCCUCCUCCAAACACGGCGAGUUGAGUUGAUGCCAAAGAGCUCCAUUUUGGUCUCAUCUGACCACAACACUUUCACCCAGUUCUCCUCUGAAUCAUUCAGAUGUUCAUUGGCAAACUUCAGACGGGCCUGUAUAUGUGCUUUCUUGAGCUGGGGGACCUUGCGGCGCUGCAGGAUUUCAGUCCUUCACGGCAUAGUGUGAAACCAAUUGUUUUCUUGGUGACUAUGGUCCCAGCUGCCUUGAGAUCAUUGACAAGAUCCUCCUGUGUAGUUCUGGGCUGAUUCCUCACCGUUCUCAUGAUCAUUGCAACUCCACGAGGUGAGAUCUUGCAUGGAGCCCCAGGCCGAGGGAGAUUGACAGUUAUUUUGUGUUUCUUCCAUUUGCGAAUAAUCGCACCAACUGUUGUAACCUUCUCACCAAGCUGCUUGGCAAUGGUCUUGUAGCCCAUUCCAGCCUUGUGUCGGUCUACAAUCUUGUCCCUGACAUCCUUGGAGAGCUCUUUGGUCUUGGCCAUGGUGGAGAGUUUGGAAUCUGAUUGAUUGAUUGCUUCUGUGGACAGGUGUCUUUUAUACAGGUAACAAACUGAGAUUAGGAGCACUCCCUUUAAGUGUGUGCUCCUAAUCUCAGCUCGUUACCUGUAUAAAAGACACCUGGGAGCCAGAAAUCUUUCUGAUUGAGAGGGGGUCAAAUACUUAUUUCCCUCAUUAAAAUGCAAAUCAAUUUAUAACAUUUUUGACAUGCGUUUUUCUGGAUUUUUUUGUUGUUAUUCUGUCUCUCACUGUUCAAAUAAACCUACCAUUAAAAUUAUAGACUGAUAAUUUCUUUGUCAGUGGGCAAUCGUACAAAAUCAGCAGGGGAUCAAAUACUUUUUUUCCCUCACUGUACCUCUGCUGCAGUGGAUAAGUUCAUUAGAGUUACCAGCCUCAGAAAUUGCAGCCCAAAUAAAUGCUUCACAGAGUUCAAGUAACAGACACAUCUCAACGUCAACUGUUCAGAGGGGACUGUUUGAAUCAGGCCUUCAUGGUCGAAUUGCUGCAAGGAAACCACUACUAAAGGACACCAAUAAGAAGAAGAAACCUGCUUGGGCCAAGAAACACGAGCAAUGGACAUUAAACCGGUGGAAAUUUGUCCUUUGGUCUGGAGUCCAAAUUUGAGAUUUUUGGUUCAAACCAUUGUGUCUUUGUGAGAUGUGGUGUGGGUGAACGGAUGAUCUCUGCAUGUGUAGUUCCCACUGUAAAGCAUGGAGGAGGAGGUGUUAUGGUGUGGGGGCGCUUUGCUGGUGACACUGUCUGUGAUUUAUUUAGAAUUCAAGGCACACUUAACCAGCAUGGCUACCACAGCAUUCUGCAGCGAUACGCCAUCCCAUCUGGUUUGGGCUUAGUGGGACUAUCAUUUGUUUUUCAACAGGACAAUGACCUAACACACCUCCAGGCUGUGUAAGGGCUAUUUUACUAAGGAGAGUGAUGGAGUGCUGCAUCAGAUGACCUGGCCUCCACAAUCCCCCGACCUCAACCCAAUUGAGAUGGUUUGGGAUGAGUCAGACGGCAGAGUGAAGGAAAAGCAACCAACAAGUGCUCAGCAUAUGUGGGAACUCCUUCAAGACUGUUGGAAAAGCAUUCCAGGUGAAGCUGGUUGAGAGAAUGCCAAGAGUGUGCAAAGCUGUCAUCAAGGCAAAGGAUGGCUAUUUGAAGAAUUUCAAAUAUUAAAUAUAUUUUGAUUUGUUUAACACUUUUUUGGUUGCAACAUGAUUCCAUAUGUGUUAUUUCCUAGUGUUGAUGUCUUCACUAUUAUUCUACAAUGCAAAUUUUUUUGUAAAAAUAAAGAAAAACCCUUGAAUGAGUAGGUGUGUCCAAACUUUUGACUGGUACUGUAAGUUGAACGCAGUGUUUUUACUGUGCUCACUGUGUGUGUGUGUGUGUGUGUGUGUUCUUUCCAGGUGGCCGCAGGCAUGGCGUACAUCGAGAGGAUGAACUACAUCCACAGAGACCUGCGCUCGGCUAACAUCCUGGUCGGGGACAAUCUGGUUUGUAAAAUCGCUGACUUCGGAUUGGCCAGGCUGAUUGAGGACAACGAGUACACAGCACGGCAAGGUGAGGUCACACACACAAUAAGAAAACACACACUAAUGAUUGCCUUAGGUCAUGAAGGGAGUUCUUCCAACACUGGCCAUAAUGUGCGCAUCAUCACACCCUGACAGGAUGUCAAUGGCUCCCAUUUCAGAUCCAAACAUGUGCUCACUGUCUGUCUAUUCCACUGUACUACAGACUAGAACAGAGACACUGAGAGACACUCCCAGCUCUAGAGAGAAAGACUACCGGUAGCCAUAUAUAGCUAAAUUACAUUCUGUCAUUCAUUCAUAUCUCCCCCUCUGUUCUCUCCCAGGUGCUAAAUUCCCUAUUAAGUGGACGGCCCCGGAGGCUGCGCUGUACGGAAAGUUCACCAUCAAGUCAGACGUGUGGUCGUUUGGCAUCCUGCUCACAGAGCUGGUCACCAAGGGACGUGUACCCUACCCAGGUGAGGAGGGUCAAAUAACCAGAGAUUUAAUGGUUGCGUCUCCAAUGGCACCCUAUUCCGUUUACAGAACACUAGGGUCCUGGGGCUAUUUUUGGACGCAACGCAUGUGAUGUAAUGUCCACAUCCUGAGUUGAGUCCUCACUUUUCUUACAAAUAUGUAGAGGACUAUGAUGCAAUUAUAUACCACAACAAGAGCUUAUAUAACAAGUGGCAGGCAGUUCCUGCUGUUUACUGAAUGUUAAAGAAAAUAAGGGGUCUUUAAACACGGCUGAGUGACUUUGUUUUCCUGACACAAUCUGAGAUGUAUAACUGUUGUCCAGGGCCUGCCUCUUGGCCACUGCUAGUCCAUGUGAGAGGGCUGGUCUUGGGCAGGGAGCUGACUGAGAUCAGCCUCACUGAGAGAGGGAGGGAGGGGGGACACAUGUUUGUCCAGAUGGGCCACGCUGCACUGGGCUGGGCUGCUGUGUGAAAAGAGGGAGGGAGGGGAAGUGAGGCGAGGGCUUGCACGCUAUGGAGGCCGAGCUGGGACUAAGGGGAUAAUAGCAUGAUCCUAAAAGAUGUCUUAGCAGCUUUCUAAGGCUCUCUCUCCGGACUCUACUUGUUGAUGCAGAAGCCACAUCUCUUAGCUAGUGAAAAAUAAAUGGCAAGCCACUCCAACAUCCCCAGGUUGUAAAACGUGUGACCCCUGUGUUAUGUAAAAUAUUUUCCCAGGUCCAAAUGUUGCCUUAAGAUCCGCAUCUACAGUAUGAGGUUUAAAGCUCAAUGUCUGUGCCAUUAAGGCCAUUCAGUAGAGGUAAAGUCUAGACAGAUCUCUUUCAUUGAACUGUCUUAUCGAUUACUUGAAAAGCCUCCGCUGUAGUUAAUGACCCAACAUUUGUCUUCCUUUAUCUGUGUGUGUGUCUGUCUAUCUGCCUGGCACGCGUGUGUGUGUGUGUGUGUGUGUGUGUGUGUGUGUGUGUGUGUAGGGAUGAACAACCGGGAGGUGCUGGAGCAGGUGGAGCGAGGCUAUAGGAUGCCCUGUCCCCAGGACUGCCCCAUCUCCCUCCAUGAGCUCAUGGUGCAGUGCUGGAAGAAGGACGCAGAGGAGAGGCCCACCUUCGAGUACCUGCAGGCCUUCCUGGAGGACUACUUCACGGCCACGGAGCCACAGUACCAGCCAGGGGACAACCUCUAAACACUGAGGUCUGGGCUGGCACUGGACUGAACCGUAGUUCUCUGGAGCCCCACCAGGGACCUGUACAUCUUCCUCCGCUCAACAGAGCAUCUUGUCUCAACUCUCCUCCAGCUCCCAACACUCUCAAACACUCUCCGUGGCUAACCCUGAGACAGACUCAACAGACUGGAUACCAGAGAUUGUGUGUGUGAGGGAGAGUGGGGGUUGAUCUGGG